UUCAAAGAUACAUUAUCUAAGCAAAUAAUGAAAACUGAAAUGUGGAUCGCAAAUGGAUGGCUGAUGGCAUCUGUUGAUCACAGAUUGAAGUCGCAAAACUACCGUGAUAAGCAUAUUAUAUUAUCAAGGAUCGUGUAAAAUGACGAGGAAAAAUGACACAACACGUCUACGUAAAAAACCUGUGAAAUUGGAAGAAGAAAAUGACCGGGUUGGAAAGAAAAAAGCUAAAGAAUCUCCCAUGAGUAUCUAUACUUUGGGAGUGAUUUUGUCCCUCAUUGGAGCUGGAAUAUUUUUGUUUCUGAGAAUGAGAGCACAAGAAAGUGUGAAGACGCCACUCAAUGCCCCGAGAGUGAUAAAGGAGAGAUCAAGUUCUAUGCCUUUAGCCCCACAUGAUGCAGAACGAUUCUGGGGUACAUACAGAAGUCAACUUUACUUUGGUAUGAGGACAAAGUACCCCACAUCACCACUCUUUGGUUUGAUGUGGUUUGAUCAGUUCGUUGGUCAAGGAAUGCCCGCUGUUCGUCAUUGGUGUAAUCAAGGUGACAGACUUCCAAGAUACGGAUGGCUGGCACAUGAUGGUGUAAACUUUGGAUCUCAAGAAAUUGUGGAUCAUCGUUAUAUCAUGAUGACUGAUUUUGUGAAGCGACAAGGUGGCUCACAUGGAGGGGAUUGGACUGCCAGAUUUAGUCUGCGACCAGUGCCAGGUCAAGAGAAGACUGUAAUGUCACUGCUAUUCUACAGUGUUCUACAAGGCCAAGGCAAGUUAACACCUGAGAUAGUGAAGAACAGAUUGGUUGCUAUACAUGGUUCCACUGAAGACCUUGGAAGUUUCACAUUAAGGUUCCCAAAGUCAGCUUCAAAUGUCAAGAAGACCAAUUUUCUGACAACAUAUUCCCCCGUUGUAGAUCAAUUGAAAGAGGUUAUGAUGAGCCGCAUGUUGUUAGAAAACUAUGAGAAGGGGAGCAAACAAUCCUAUAUAGCCCUUGGAGGACAUCGCAUGCCUCCAGACUUUGAUGGUGAACCUAACUUUGUUGUACACCAAGUAACUGUCUCACUUCCAUUUGAAAUGGAAGUCGUGUUUGAAUCUGGAAGUUUUAAGGAUCGCCCUAAUAGUCUCUCUGGUGACACUUUAACAUCUGAAUUAUCUAAAUACCAUAGUCACUUUGAUGGAAAGUUUGAAAAUGUAUUUCAACUUGGGAAAAAGAACUUUGGAGGACAUGAAGUGCUCCUUGCUAAGGCCGCCCUCAGUAACAUGGUAGGAGGUAUAGGAUAUUGGUAUGGACAAUCUCUUGUUCAGUCAAAAUACAAUGAAAAACCAGUAGAGUACUGGCCAGCUCCUCUCUACUCAGCUGUGCCCUCGAGGUCAUUCUUUCCCAGGGGUUUCCUAUGGGAUGAGGGAUUCCAUAAUUUAUUGAUUAGCAAGUGGGACCCUGAGAUAUCUAAAGAGAUCAUUGGUCAUUGGCUGGACUUAAUGAACCAAGAGGGCUGGAUACCAAGGGAGCAAAUCCUUGGAGAUGAGGCCAGGGCUAAAGUACCUGCAGAGUUUGUAGUACAGAAAAAUGAAAAUGCUAAUCCUCCUACAUUAUUCUUACCAUUAAAAUUGCUCAUAGCUGACCUUAUUAAAAGCGAGAAGGCCAAAGAUCACGACUACCUCCAAGCUGUCUUUCCACGGCUGAAGACCUGGUUUAAUUGGUUCAAUGUCACCCAGACGGGUCCCAUUCCUUUUACAUAUAGGUGGCGGGGACGAGAUUCAGAAACAAAGAGAGAACUUAAUCCAAAGACUCUCACGUCAGGGUUAGAUGACUACCCCAGGGCCUCUCAUCCUACUGAUGAUGAAUACCAUGUUGAUUUACGAUGCUGGAUGGCAUUUGCUGCUGGGAUUCUGGCUGAUAUUGCGAAAUCCCUAGGGGAGCCCCAUGAAGAAUAUAAGGCCACAUAUGACAUCCUUACCAACAAUGACCUACUAGAUAAGCUUCAUUGGGAUCCUGUCACUGAGCGCUAUGCUGAUUAUGGCCUCCAUUCAAACAAGGUUAAACUUGAAAAACCAAAGCCACCAAAAAAUAUCAAACAAGGACAAACUCCGCCAUCACCUCAACAUUUGGAAAAAGUAAGAGUAACCAAGGUUGAGCCUAAGAAUCAGUUUGUAGAUUCAUUUGGUUAUGUUAGUCUAUUUCCAUUUCUGCUACAAAUAAUUGAGCCCACAUCACCAAAACUUGGCAAAAUAUUAACAGAUUUGAGAAAUGAAAAAAUGCUGUGGACAAACCAUGGACUAAGAUCUUUAGCCAAGAUUGCGCCACUUUAUAAUAAAUAUAAUACAGAGCAUGAUGGGCCUUACUGGAGAGGACCUAUAUGGAUCAACAUUAAUUUCCUAGCUGUCAGAGCUCUCAAUUACUAUUCUACAAAUGAAGGUCCAUACAAGGAUCAAGCCCGUAGUAUAUAUGUUGAUCUCAGAAAAAACCUUAUUGAUAAUGUAUUGAAAGAGUAUAAGAGGACAGGGUUCAUCUGGGAACAGUAUGAUGAUGCUACGGGCCAUGGUAAAGGCAGUCAUCCAUUCACUGGGUGGUCGGCUCUUGUGGUGGCCAUUAUGGCAGAAGAGUAUUAAACCAAUGAUGUGCAAUUGUACACUUGGGUGUUACAUAUUUUCCUAAUUUGGUUUUCAUUUUAGUGAAAGCGUACUCUUGAACUAAAACGUUUGCAUGUUAAUACCAAUUGUUUCCAAGUAAUAUGAUAAAGAUUUUUAUUUGCAUGUAAACUAAAACUAUGUACUAGAGCCAGUAUUUAUAUUAAUAUUACACUGGGAUUUUAAUUAUUUUUAUUGCAUGUUAGUUUAUAUUAUACUUAUUGUAGCUCUACCAUUCUACCCUGUGAGAUUACCAAAUCAUGGAGUGUCUCAUGUGUCAGGACAUGGGUUAAGAAAAUGACAUGCGGUAGAAAAAGAUUUAGCGAUUCAGUUCAUAGGCCCAGGAACAUGUAUGAGGCAAGUGGAAAGUCCAAAUUUAUUCGUUUAGAGACUGACUGACUGUCGAUUUAGAAAAACUCUGCCUUUCUGGGUCUAUGAUUUAUUUAUGUAGUUAUUGGUCUGCAAUUGCUCAGUUUUACAGCAUACUGUAUGAUUAUCAUUUGUUUGCUAAAAUCAUUAUAUUAUGCUUAAUAUCAAUCAUGGCGAUGGACUUUGAUUUUCUAUAUUAGAUAACAUAGAGAUAUCAAAGAGAAGGUGCCAUAACAUUAUGUGGGAGACAAACAUGACACAAAUGAAACCAUAAAACACUCUGUCCAAAGAGAGGGGGAUGGACCCUUUGAUCUUGGGAUAUUGCCUCACCCUAUAAAAAAUAUUUUUCAAAAAUAGAUAGAGAAGAGGGAAUGUAUUUUUAUAAUCAAAGCACAAACUUUAAACCAAUUAUUGUACACUCUACUUUUCCAUGCCUAAUGCAAAAUUCAUUAGAAGGCUCAGAUAGUUUUGCUAUUUUGAAAAUGUGAGGUCCAUUCAAAGAUAAUGUAAUGGUUGGCCCCUAAGAUGUGUUAAGACAUAUUUAUGGUUUCACUAAUCAGAGACAUAAUUUCUUUUGAUACAUUUGUGUGAGAUA